AUGAAUGAUUCUAGGCAGCAAUCACUGUUCUUCAUCACAUCUCCAGAUUUACACAAACUCUGUGCUGUCAGGAUAAUAUUGAGUCAUGAGGUGGCUGAUACUGAGAUUAGAAGUACACAAAUGAAGAUAUGCAGACAAUUGCUGUUUUUGCAUCAAGAUAUUCUUACAUCACCUGUGCCUGGAACAUUAAGCCAAAUUUGGGUAGUGAUGGCGAUACCAUUUUAUAAAGCUGGGAAACUUAAUGCCUAUAUUGAAAAAUAUGGAGCUAAAGUAGAGGCUCCACAAAGAGUAAUUCCUGUAAUUCUUCAAAACUGCCUUUCAUAUUCACUCACAGCUAGACUUGCUCCAGCCUGGAAUAAAAUUGGCCAUCUCUUGGUGCAAGGAAGAGAAUUUCUUUCUCAGAUGGGAAAGCAAAGUGCUGUUGUAUUAGACAUCAAUGUAAGCGAAACUCAAGUUUGUCUAAGUAUAGAAGCUUACACAAUCAGACUGCCUUUACCUGAGCUGAGAGAAUUUGGUAUUUCUCAGAGUAUUAUAAAGGAUUUUGAUAGUAAUAAGAAUGCUGUCAUUGAAGGACAUUCAAUUUUGAGCAACUGGUGCUAUGUUUUGCCAAGUAUGAAAAGGGGACAAAUAAUAAGUAUUCUUCACACCACACCCCCUGACUGCCCUUUUCACUCAUAUGAAGAUUUCCAGAUGCACUGGGAUGACCUGUAUGGCUAUAAACUUCCAGAAGAUUGUGGAAAUACUAAAAUAUACUGCAGCAUCUACUUCAAAAUGAUAGGAGGAAAGAUCUUCACAUACCCUCUGAGCUGCAUCAGAAGUCAGCCCAUACAAUUCUUUCCAAGGGUAGAUUUGGAAGGUGUGUUGAAAAGUUUCGUUUCAGACUUAAAAUCUAAACUGCCUCAUAUCUGUGGCUUCCCCAUAAAGAUGACCACUAAACCAUGCUACUACACACAAGAACUAAUGAAGCCGCAUGUACAGGAAAACAAAGUCAAGGCACCUAAUCUGACCACUAAACAGAUGUUCAAGUUCUCACUGACUCAGGCCCCUUCCCUAAGACCUGCUGUGGCUGAGCGUCUUCGACCGUGUUCAGUAGUCACGCACCACAAGGUGGAGCUUUCAGGCAGCCACCUGGAGAAGCCGGGGGUGUCCUCAACUCCGCACCUCCGGCAAGAAGCUGUCCAGAAUAGAAAGAAAUCCCAGUCUGACAAAGCACCCCAAAUACACUUGGAAGUACCAAAGCCCAACAGAGAGAAGAUUCGAGUUCAAGGCACAAAUUUUAGCUCCCAGAAUAAUAUUGCCCCAAAAUUCAUACCAGUUUUCAAGAAUCAGUCAUUACAAACGAAUAAAAUUAUCUUAGAACCUGGCAACCUGAAAAGAAAACAGCAUGUUGUUACAGAAUCUAAAUUGUUUUCACUUAAAAGUAGCAUGAUGCAAAAUGACAAACUGAACUUAGAUCCAGCUGUUAGAAAAAGACCUAAUCAUCAUAUUCAGAUGAAUGCUAGAAAUUUAAAUCAGAAUACUUCUAGACUACAAGAAAAAAACACUGGGUCCUGUGAAAAUAUGGUAAAAUAUCCCCCUCUUAAUGAAGAAUCAUCAACUGUGAGUUUAAAUGAAAGUAAAUACCUGUCUGAUAGUUCAGCAUUUCAGAUGUCAGAUAACAGUUCAGGUGUAAUAAACAGAGCUGUUGAGUUCCACGUGAAUGGAAAAGAACAUUUAACAAACAAAUAUAUAACACAAAUUUUAGGGGAAGGACACAAGUCACGAAAAAUAAAGAAACAACCACACAUUUUUGAAUCAGAUACAGAAAUGGAAGAUCCCCAACUACUACAGCAACAAUCAGUAAAUCAAAGUAUAAAAGUUAAUGUAAAUGAUCACAAACUGAUAAGCAAAACAACCCAUAGGUCUAAAAGAAAAUUGUGUCAAGAAUCUUCAAAAACUUCAAAAAGACUUUAUUCCAAUACUCUGCAUUAUGGACAGUCCAGUUUCUCUGGGAACAAGAUACCUGAUGUGGACAAUCAAAAACUCAGAAAGCUGUCAUCAUCCCUAAAGCUUAGAACAUGGAUGUAA